AUGACUGCCAGUCCACCUCUAACAGGCGUCCGCGUCCUCGAACUCGCUGGAUUGGCUCCAGGUCCCUUUUGUGGUCUGCUCCUCGCGAAUUGGGGCGCCAGUGUCCUGCGUGUCGAUCGACCGAGCUCUAGCGGUGGUGAUCUCCUGACCAGCUGGAAGCGUUCCAUCGCAUUGGACCUGAAGAGCCCUGCUUCCGUCGCCGUCUUCCUCUCCCUCAUUCCAAAUGUGGACGUUCUGAUCGACCCCUUCCGACCAGGUGUGCUCGAGAAACUUGGUCUGGAUCCCGAGACUGUGCUGCUCAAGAAAAAUCCUCGCCUCAUCGUGGUCCGACUGACGGGUUUCCGUCGCGAUGGGAAAUACUCUGCCAUGGCCGGUCACGAUAUCAACUACCUCGCCGUGUCUGGUGUGCUGUCGAUGCUUGGUUCGAAGGGUUCUCCGCCUGCACACCCCGCCAAUAUCCUUGCAGACUUUGCUGGUGGCGGUCAUGCCGCAUUCACGGGUGUCCUUCUGGCACUGAUCCACCGCGCAACAAGUGGGAAGGGACAAGUCGUCGAAUCAAACAUGGUGGAUGGUGCUAGUUUCCUCGCCACGUUUCCGAGACUCUUGACGAAGACGCCCAUGUGGAGCGGGGAGCGGGGCACCAACCAACUAGACGGAGGCGCCCCGUACUAUGGGAGCUACGAGUGCAAGGAUGCGGGCAAGUACAUGUCUGUCGGUGCGCUGGAGCCACAGUUCUGGCAGGUGCUGCUCAAGGGGUUGGGUUUCACCGAGGCAGAAGUCGUCCCAGGCAAGCUCGCUCGCGAAGACAAGCGUUCUUGGCCGUAUAUGCGCGAGCUGUUCACGAAGCGGUUCAAGGAGAAGACCCGCAAGGAGUGGGAGGCCAUCUUUGACGGAACCGACGCGUGCUGUGCGCCCGUGCUCGAACACGCAGAAAUGGAGGCCGCGGGCUACGAGCACCGGCCGAUCGUCGGGCUGACUGUGUCGCCGGCACGGAAAGUCGAAAUGCAAUGGUACGGCAAGGCGUUAAAGCCGGGUGAAGGUGGCGAACAGGCCUUGAGCGAGUGGCUGGGCUGGAGCAGCGGAAAGGACUAUACCGUGUCGGCUAAUGGCAGCUUUGAGAAGAGAGAAAAGAGUAAGCUGUAG